UCGAGACAAGAAGCUGUCAAUUGAUUUCGACACGUUCACUCCGUCGGACGUGUCUGGACAGGUUCAUCUUCGGAGUUUUUUGUUCCUUUACCUUUUUUUACUUGUUUCACUUUUCCUCAACCGAUUCUUCUGCAAGUGACUUGUGCUCGUCAACGAAACCAGCGGAAGAAAAUCUGUGAAGGCGAAAAAGUGGCCAGAAAAAUUGCCAAGAAAAACAUUCCUCAUUUUUUUUGUUCGGGUGGGUGAAAUGACAGUGGCUGUGAAGGAAGAAUCCACAAUCUGGGUGGAUAAACAUUAUCCUUUCACAGAUUUGGCGUCCUGAGCAAACACGAGCCAGCGAAAAGUGGCACAUUUUCGGUUGGUGCAGUGACAUCUUUUUUGCUACCCCCUUAGGGGAAAAUGAGUGGCAAUAAGUUAAUUAAAGAAAAACAAUACCAGCUUGAAGAACAAGUGGCGCGUGGGUGUUGCAAUUGUUGGAUAAAUUAAGAUCGGAAACGUACUGAAAAGUUGAAGAUUCGUCAUUGAAAAGAGGAAAAAAAGCAAUUUCAGUGGAGAAAAAUCGAAGUUGGAUUAAUCGUUGGAUUACCAGUGUGGUUUUGUAAAAUCGUUAGCAAAUUUAUUUUGUUUGGAACAGUUUCACAAAAAUAAUCAAGAUGAACGUCCAGCCGACCAAGUACCAGGGCCUGGUGGCCGACUUGAUGCCCAACAUCCGGCUGAUGCAGGGCGUCGGCCACUUUCUGUUCCGCUACGUCACCGGGCCCAUCUUCAUCCGCAAGCUGUACUCGUGGUGGAACCUGACGAUGAUCCUGCUGCAGUUCUUCUCGAUCGCGGCCAACCUGGUGAUGAACACGGGCGACGUCAACGAGCUGACGGCGAACACGAUCACGACGCUGUUCUUUGUGCACUCGGUCACGAAGUUUGUGUUCUUCGCCGUCAACGCCGAGGGCUUCUACCGGACGCUCGGCAUCUGGAACAACCCGAACGCGCACCCGCUGUUUGCCGAGUCGGACGCCCGAUACCACUCGAUUGCCCUCGCCAAGAUGCGGAAGCUGCUCGUCAUGGUCAUGACGACGACGGUGCUGUCGGUUGUCGCCUGGAUCACGAUCACGUUCUUCGGCGACAGCGUCAAGGGCGUCCUGGACAAGGAAACGAACGAAACGUACAUCGUGGAAAUUCCGAGGCUGCCCAUCAAGGCCUGGUACCCGUGGGAUGCGAUGAGCGGCGCCGGAUACGUUUUCUCCUUCAUCUACCAGGCGUAUUUCCUGCUGUUCUCGAUGUGCCAAGCCAACCUGGCCGACGUCCUGUUCUGCUCCUGGCUGCUCUUCGCCUGCGAACAGCUCCAGCACCUGAAGGGAAUUAUGCGUCCCCUGAUGGAGCUUUCCGCCUCGCUGGACACCUACCGACCCAACUCGGCCGCCCUGUUCCGUGCCAUUUCCGCCGGGUCCAAAUCGGAGCUGAUUCUGAACGAAGAAAAGGACCCCGACUCGAAGGACUUUGACCUGAGCGGCAUCUACAGCUCGAAGGCCGACUGGGGUGCUCAGUUCCGGGCCCCGUCCACGCUGCAAACGUUCGAGAACGGGAUGAACGGAGAAAAAGGGAAUCCGAACGGGCUCACCCGCAAGCAGGAAAUGAUGGUGCGCAGCGCCAUUAAGUACUGGGUUGAGAGGCACAAGCACGUGGUCAGGCUGGUCUCGGCCAUCGGCGACACGUACGGUGCGGCCCUGCUGCUGCACAUGCUGACCUCGACCAUCAAGCUGACGCUGCUGGCCUACCAGGCGACCAAGAUCGACGGACUCAACGUGUACGGGCUGACCGUCAUCGGGUAUCUGGUCUAUGCCCUGGCCCAGAUCUUUCUGUUCUGCAUCUUCGGCAACCGGCUGAUUGAGGAGAGCUCCUCGGUGAUGGAGGCGGCCUACUCGUGCCACUGGUACGACGGUUCCGAGGAGGCCAAAACCUUCGUCCAGAUCGUGUGCCAGCAGUGCCAGAAGGCGAUGACCAUUUCGGGGGCCAAAUUUUUCACCGUCUCGCUGGAUUUGUUCGCAUCGGUCCUGGGAGCAGUCGUGACCUACUUCAUGGUGUUGGUGCAGCUGAAGUAGAGCGCUGAAGCAGAUUUGCGAGAUAUUUUGUACUUGUUUACUAACUUUGAUACAUAUCAACUGAAACGGCAAUACAUGACAAUUUACUGUAGAUUUUAAAACAAAAGGAAUCAUCCGUAAGUUAGAGUAGGCUGUAGUGAUGUUAGUUUGGAGCAAUAUAGAUGUUGUUGAAUAUUUUUUCAAACGUUUACAUAGAUCAAAUUUAGUCAAAACUGGCAAUACAAUGUUCUUAAAGUGGUUCAUAAAA